UUUAGUCGGUAAUGUGGCACGGGCGAGUCAGGGCGGGGCGGGCCGGUGUUUGUUUUUAUUAUAAUAGCUAUUAUUAAAUUCCGCGGGGGCUCGCGAAGGAAACUGGAGGACGAGCGAGACUGCACGCGAGUGUUCGGAUAUCGCGCAGGCCUUUUGUUCGGGAGGACGCCCGAGUGCGAGCGUGCGGGGCGAUGAAGACGCUGGAAUGAUUGUCCCUGAACGGAUCCCUUAAAUAUUUAUUUAUUUAUUCCCCUCACUGUUUUGGAGUUUGGAUUUCACUACAUUUCCUUUCGGAGCGCAUCAGCCCGGGUCGCGAGGAUGGACCAGGCCAGCGUCCUGCGGAAGUUCAUCCGGGGGGUCGAGACCAUGAGAACCGGGGAACAGCAGGGCGAGGACAACUUCGGAACCGACUUCAUGAGGUUGCGGAGACUAUCGACCAAGUACAGAACCGAGAAGAUCUAUCCGACCAACGUGGGAGAACGAGAGGAGAACGUCAAGAAGAACCGAUACAAAGACAUACUGCCCUUUGACCACAGUCGAGUGCGUGUGACGUUAAAAACAUCCAAUCAGGAUUCAGAUUACAUCAACGCAAACUUCAUCAAGGGUAUGGAGGGUCCAGAGACGUACAUCGCCACCCAGGGGCCACUGCCCAACACCAUCAUCGACUUCUGGAGGAUGAACUGGGAGAACAACGUCACGGUCAUCAUAAUGGCAUGUCGGGAGUUUGAGAUGGGGAGGAAAAAGUGUGAGCGCUAUUUUCCCAUGUUUGGUGACGAGCCAAUGACCUUCGGCCCAUUUAAGAUCUCCUGUGAAUCUGAACAACCCAGAACAGACUACUUUAUCCGCUCACUCACGGUGGAGUUUGAGAAUGAGACCCGUAAACUGACCCAGUUCCACUACAUCAACUGGCCGGACCAUGACGUGCCGUCGUCCUUCGACUCCAUUCUGGACAUGAUCGGACGCAUGCGCCAAAUACAGCAGCACGACCCCACGCCCAUCUGCGUCCACUGCAGUGCGGGUUGUGGGAGAACUGGAGCCAUAUGUGCUAUUGACUACACCUGGAACCUACUGAAAGCUGGAAAGAUUCCAGAAGACUUCAACGUCUUCCGGCUCAUUCAGGAGAUGCGCACGCAGAGGCACUCAGCUGUGCAGACCAAGGAGCAGUACGAGUUGGUUCACCGGGCGAUCGCUCAGCUGUUUGAGAAGCAGCUGCGAGUUCUGGAGAGUCCGAGUGCUGACAUCACAGAUGACAUCACAGAUGACAUCACAGACGACCUGGACGAGGGGCGGAGUCCCGACAAACCAGCGGCCAAUGAGGACGAGGAGAGAUGGGACACGCCCCCUCCCAAACCACCACGCAUACGCAGUGGCCAGACGGAGGGUUGCGUGCGUGAGGAGAUCCUGCAGCCCCCUGAGCCGCGCCCCGUCCCCCCGAUCCUGACGCCGUCGCCGCCCUCCGCGUUUCCCACGGUGACCAACGUCUCGUCCACCAACGACCGCUACCACCCCAAACCCGUGCUGCACGUGCUCUCUGCCGCCGCCGCCGCCCGCGCCCAAUCACAGGGCCCCGAGGAGGACCGGGGGGCGGAGCCGGACCACGCGGAGGCCGACGCCCACGCUAACGCUAGCGCUAGCCCCUCCCCCGAGUGCGGGCGCGUGGAGCGGAAGCUGAGCAUCGAGAUCAAGAAGGUUCCGCUGCAGGAGGGGCCGGUCAGCUUCGCCCCCCCCCCCCGCCGCCGGCUGGGGUCAGGGGUCGCCACGGGCGGCGUGCUGCAGCGAAGCCACGCCUUCAAGGCCCGGGGCUCCUCCCCUAGCAACAGCAGCCCCGCCCCUAGCAACAACACCUCCAGCUCGGCCCUGACCAGCAGCAGCUCGCUGUCGGAGGACGAUGGUCUAAGCUCCGCCCCCCCGCGCCCAAACCACCUCCCAUUGGUGGAGAGGGAGAAGGGAGGACAUGCCUCCUGGGGUCAGUCCAGCCCCCCCACCCCUGAGCACACACACACACUCACCAACACACACACACACACACACACGCCCCCCGUGGCCUUGAGCUUCACCAACCCGCUGCACUCCGACCACUCGGACGCCGAGGCCGACGCCCCCUCCCCGCCCCACUCCGCCGUCUCCACGGCAACCGGCUCGGUGUCACCCGCCCCCCCAGGUGAUGAUGUCAUCACCACGCGCCGCGUCAACUCCCUCUCCAUCGCCGGGCAAUCAGCAACCACACAAUCAAACAGCGACGCGAGCGAGGAGUCGCCCCCUCCUCUCCCAGAACGGACCCCCGCCUCCUUCCUGUUGCCCUCAGACCCCUCAGAGCCGCUGGGAUCCACUGGUUUGGCUUUAUGGAGCAGCAGCCCCACUGACCAACACACACGCCACAGUCCUGAG